AUGUUAGGGAGUUCUUCUUCUUCUGAUAUGGCUCCUUCUCCUCCAAAGCAUGAUUUGUUCCUCAGCUUUAGAGGGGAAGAUACCCGUGACAACUUCACUAGUCAUCUCUAUGCUCAACUUUGCAGCAAAAAUAUAGAAACCUUCAUAGAUAACAGGCUAGCCAGAGGCGAUGAGAUCUCACCAGCACCUUAUACAGCAAUUGAAGAUUCAAUGAUUUAUGUCAUCGUUUCUCGGAACACUAUGCUUUUCGUCGUGGUUGUUUGGAUGAACUUGUUAAGAUUCUGGAGUGCAGGAAGAAUAUGGAAGGGAGGUGAUACCGGUUUUCUACAAGGUGGAUCCAUCAAAGUUAGGCACCAAAGAGGGAGUUAUGCAGAUGCUUUGUUAAGCAUGAACUGCGAUUCAAGGAUGAAGUAA